AUGGAAACAGUUCUUGGUCGUGGUUAUUCAAUAAGUGAAGAAUUUGGUAUAACAGAUUUUUAUUCACCACCAUCAAGUAUUAUUGAUAAAGAUGAAGAACUAGCAGAUGAUUUGUUUUAUCCUCAAGAAGAAAACAAUCAUAUUGAAUUGACUAAUAAUUUAACUCUUUCUUCUUCAUCUAUUAACCAAAUUAAUAAUACUAAUUCAAAAGAUUGGCUCAAACCAUUACCAUUAAAAUUAAUGUCUAUUGAAACAACAACACCACCACCAACACCUCUUAUGCCACGACGUUUACUCGAUCCUAUAAAUAAUACAACAACGGCUUUUCAAAAUAUGACAAUUAAUACUAAUCUAUCAAUAACACCAACAAAAAUUACGGAUAAAAAUACACCAAAUUGGCCAUUAAAUACAUCUUCAAUUAGUCCAUUAUUUCCAUGUACUAAAACUAAUACACCUAAAACAACAACAAAUAUGGAUCGUUAUCUUAUUGAACAUCGUCAUUUAUCCGAUUCAAUAUAUAAAUCAUCAACAACACUUGGUGCAACAUCAAAUACACAUCAAUCAAUAUCCGUUCAACAUACUGAAGUAAACAAUGAAGCAAGCCGUUUGUAUUCUUAUAUGGAUCAUGUCGAUGGAUUAUCAUCAAAUGUUCGAACAGUUUGUACAACAUCAUCGAAUUCUUGGUCAACUUUUGAUGAUAGACAUUCUAUGCCAUCUCAAAUAUCUAUUAAUAAAAAUUCAUAUGUACCACAAAUUAAUAUGAAACCUCCACCUUGUUUAAACAAUUCUUUAUUUCCUCAACGAAUGAAUUCACUUUUCCCAAAUUCGAAUAAUUCAUUUAGUCAUGCAUCAUCUUUUCAACAUCAACAAUAUCAAUCUCAUGAUCCAUGGUUUUUAUCUGAAAUGUCAACAAUAGUACAUCAAAAUCAACAAAAUACAAAUAUAUUAUUAAGUACAACAGCACAACAAAUUCUUGCUGCAAAUACAACGAAUAAUAAUCGUCCAUUACGUUCAGAAAAAAUCGAUAUGGAAAUAAUAAAACAUCUUAUUCAAGAAGCUAAUUGGAAACGACAAUGUGGAAUGAAAAAAGAGGUGUGUGUUUUUUGUCGAAAUAAUGGUGAAAAUGAACUUAUAUAUUCAAGUCAUUCAUUAAAAGAUUCAAUUGGCAAUGUAACAUGUCCAAUUUUACGUGCUUAUCAAUGUCCAAUUUGUGGAGCAACUGGUUCACAAGCUCAUACGAUAAAAUAUUGUCAAGCAACUGGUGAUGAUAAUAAUCGACAUGUACCUACACCAUACGAAAAAAUGCUUCGUAUGCAAACAUUUGGAUUUGAUGAUAAUAUAACAUCAUCAAUACCUGGACUUUUUAAUCAUAUAGGUAGUCCUACAUCGCUUUAUACAAAUGGUUGGUCUGAUAGUUAUUUAUGA